AUGGUGUGGGAGGAUAUUGAGUUCGAUGCCGAUAAGGUGCCGGGCAUCAAGCUGGCCUUGCACGUUGCCCAGAUCGUCUUUGCUCUCAUCGCCUGGAUCCUAGAGAUCAUCGUCUUCCGUGCAGAAGGCUCGGUAAUUAACGGCAAUGUUGGCUGGACAUUCGCAGUAUUCUUCCUCUCGAUACCAGCAUGGAUCUACCUCAUAGGCGCACCACGGGCACCACGAACACGACACCUGGCCGAGCCCCACGUCAUGAUCACAGUCGACUCGAUCUACACCAUCAUCUGGCUCUCGGCCUUUGCCACCCAGGCGGCGUACAAUACGGCUAACCUGUGCGGCACCGCCUGCGGGCAGAGCAAGGCGAUUGUGGGCCUGGGAUUUUUUGUCUGCCUGUUCUUCGCCGGGUCGACAUUUUUCAGCAUCUACAGCCUCAAGUACUAUCAGUUCCACGGCAAACUACCUGGUUACGACCGAAUCGGCGGCGGCGGGGGGAACCCGCAGAAUAUCGAUCCGGACAAGGCCGCAUUCUCUAUGGCGCCCCACGGCGACGAUGCCUACGCCCCGAUCCACGGUGACGACCACGACCAGCACCACCCGCUCGACCCGGGCCGCGACGACAUCGAAACUGGCCCUGGAGCGUACAGCAGCACGAGCUACGGCGGCGCGGCUAGCCAGCAGCAGAGUUACAGCUCCGCACAUGGCAGGACCGGCAGUGCUUACGGCGGCAGGACGAGCAGCCCCUACAACGACGACUCUUACGGACGGCAGCCGCAGCCCAUCGCUGGUCAGGCCAACCCGUUCGAGCAGGGCAGGCGCGAGAACAGCCCCUUCGGCGACCAUUCUGGCUACACUCCUCCUGUUGGUGGACCCUCGCCAGGUCCUGGCGGACUUGGUCCAUCCGGACCGACCAUGUAUGCCCCGCCGGCUGCUGCACAUGACCCCUACGACGACAGGCCAGCUCAGUUCCCCGCUGCGCCGUAUGACAGGACUAUGCACUAG